CCUUCCUUCAAAGUGCCAACGGCUUGCCAUUUCGUUGUAUAUCUGUUAAUCCCACCUCGAAAGACGUCGAAGGUAAUGACAGUCUUUUAAGUUGAAGAAAACCACAAACCGGGCUCUAGGUUGGUUCUGCUGCCCUGGAAUAAUGGAUAUUUGCAUAUCUUUAUUAGCCAAGAUUCUCGAAAGAGGGGCUUUCGGCAAAGAUGCCAACGUCCCUAAGUCCAUCACCGCAAAGAGGAAAAGAUACACCCCGAAACCUUUGCCCGAAGUUCGUCCUCGCUCCCUUAGCUUUGCGCCCGAUAAAGACAACAGUAAGACUCUUGUUCACAUUCACAAUGAAAGUGACCGAGGGUCAAACGACAAACAAUAUUUCUGUGACCAGCAUCAAUCCCGGCUACUCGCGACUCUUCCAGUUGAAAUUCGCAUCCAAAUAUGGAGAUAUGUGCUUGUACCUGCCGAUCGCCACAUUGUGAGAGGCGAGAGCAGAAUUCUGACUAUCAAGUGCUUGGGGGACGAAGCGAAACAUCUGUAUCCCCUUGUCAGCACAAAUGUUGGGGUAGUGCUAUGAAGCCCUUCGUUUGGUAUCGUGGAGUCUCUCCGGGGUACUGCGUCGGAUCCCGAGGGUGUGAAUGGUAUACUGGCGCAAUUCCUCUUCUCCAGACAUGUCGAUUGAUAUACACCGAAGCAGUCUCCAUUCUAUACUGUGACAACAUAUUCCGGUUCAACCACGUCGACACCGUGAUAAGUCUAUCUCACACUACUCUCCCCAGCCGAUUCAAUCUCAUCCGUGUUCUUCACCUGGCGCAUUCAUUCCCUUUCUCCAUGUAUGGUCGCAAAUCUCGAAAGGUGGUCGCGCCAUACGACGCAAAAACAUGGGAGGAAGUAUGCCAAGUUUUGGCUAAGAUGUCUGGCCUCGAAGAACUGUAUAUGCAUCUUGGGGAGUUCGAUACGACCGAGAUCCAUGAGGUGCUAGCUCCGCUACAUCAAAUUCGACAAACGAAAAUAUUCGAGCUGUUUAUUGGACUCCGCAGUGAUCCUGAGAAGCUUUGCACAGUGAAAGACAGACCUUUCCGAUUAGUUGGUCAGCAGGAAUGGGGGAUGGCUGACCAAUGGGAGGAGUGGAUGUGCUGUUGAAACUUGGGUGCCUGGCUUGGGAUUUUUCAGGUCAGAUGAAGCUUUCAUUUUUGGCUGCGUAUUAUUGGUUUCAUUUCUGCUUUCUCGUUGAACGAAUAUUAUAUGUAUUUUCAUGUAUCUACUUGUUGCUGGGCAAGGUUUCAAU